AUGGCUAUCGAUGUUUCAGCCGAGGGACUCAACACUUCGGCCGAGGAACUCAACGAUGUUGAGAUUCAAAGUAACUGGGAUGAAGUCGUCGACAAGUUCGACGACAUGAAUCUCAAGGAAGACCUUCUCCGAGGUGUCUACGCCUACGGUUUCGAGCGGCCUUCUGCUAUUCAGCAGCGCGCCAUCAUGCCUGUCAUCAAGGGCAAGGAUGUCAUUGCCCAGGCCCAGUCUGGUACUGGCAAGACGGCUACUUUUUCCAUUUCCAUUCUUGAGAAGAUAGAGCCGAUAAAGCAGUGCCAAGCGCUGAUUCUGGUUCCCACCCGUGAGCUGGCCCAGCAGAUCCAAAAGGUCAUGGUCGCUCUUGGCGACUACAUGCAGGUCUCUUGCCACGCCUGCAUUGGUGGCACCAACAUGGGAGUGGACUCCCGUCUCCUUCAGCAGGGCCCUGAGACCGUCGUCGGUACCCCCGGCCGUGUCCUCGACAUGAUCCAGCGCCGCAUCCUCAAGACCGACGCCAUGAAGAUGUUUAUCCUUGACGAGGCUGAUGAAAUGCUGUCUCGUGGCUUCACCGACCAGAUUUACGACAUCUUCCAGCUGCUGCCCCAAUCUACCCAGGUCGUCCUCAUGUCUGCCACGAUGCCCCAAGACGUGCUCGAGGUCACCACCCGAUUUAUGCGCGACCCCGUUCGUAUUCUGGUCAAGAAGGACGAGCUUACCCUAGAAGGUAUCAAGCAGUUCUACAUUGCUGUGGAGAAGGAGGAGUGGAAGCUUGACACCCUCUCCGAUCUGUACGAGACUGUCACCAUCACCCAGGCUGUCAUCUUCUGCAACACCCGCAGAAAGGUCGACUGGCUCACCGAAAAGCUCACUGCCCGUGACUUCACCGUCUCAGCCAUGCACGGUGACAUGGAGCAGUCCCAGCGUGAACUGAUCAUGAAGGAGUUCCGAUCCGGCUCCUCCCGUGUCCUGAUCACCACUGACUUGCUGGCCCGUGGUAUCGACGUCCAGCAGGUGUCCUUGGUCAUCAACUACGAUCUUCCCCUGGGCCGCGAGACCUACAUCCAUCGUAUCGGUCGUGGUGGUCGAUUUGGCCGAAAGGGUGUCGCCAUCAACUUUGUCACUGCUGAGGAUGUCCGCAUGAUGCGUGAGAUUGAGCAGUUCUACAGCACCCAGAUUGAGGAAAUGCCCAUGAACGUUGCCGAUCUCAUCUAA